AUGGUAGCCACCGGAGUCUUUACGGCCGCAACAAAUGGUGUCGUUGUCUCGGUCAGAAACACGACAGUGCUUGUGCUGACUUCGAUCGACUCUGCAACACAGGAGUUUAUGCAAUUUGAGGUCUUGAGAGAUGCGGAUAGUGCAAGUGAGUCAAUAGAGGUAGCGAGUGAUGAUGAGAGCACGGAGAAGAAGAAGUCUACCCAACCCGCACCACCUGCAAAUCGUAUCACAGCGGUGAAGAUCUUUUGUCCUCAGAAUUCGAAUGUCAUGGCAUUGUUAAUUCUUGUGGAUGAACGGCGUCUGGUGCAUUACGAACUGGAUGUGAUGGCCAAGACGCUGGUACUGAAAGCCUCACGCUCGGUACCUCGUAGCGCAACAUGCAUGACAAUUAGUUCGUUGAAGUUACCAAGUGGAGAUACCAAGUACGUGGUUAUUAUAGGCCAAAAAACGGGUGACGUCGUCGCCGUGCCUUUUCCAGACAUGGACCGUGACCUAAAAACGCUGUUGGGCCACACCACAUCAAUGGUCACUCACAUGGCAGUCAAUCAUGAUUCGACAUUACUUUUAACGGCAGACCGUGACGAAAAGAUUCGUAUUUCACGAUUUCCGAAUACAUCAAUUAUCGAAAGUUACUGCUUGGGACACGUUGCAAGUCUCACUAAAAUAGCUUGUAGCACGUUGACCCCUGAACUGGUGGUUUCGUCGUCUAUGGACAACACUAUAAAGUUAUGGAAGAUAAAGACAGGAGAGUUGAUCGCCUCAAAAGUUUUGCUUCCUGGUUUAGAGGUCUCUGUGAAGCCACUUGAUGACGCUGGCCACAGGGCUGCUAAGAGCCUGAUUAAUGUGUCGCUGACUAUUUGUCCAAAAACGAACAUUGUAGCUGUGCUCGUGGACUCCCAGCUUGUGUUAUUUUUUGAAAUCGUUAUUGCCAAUGGGGCUUACACACUAAGAGAGCUGGUCAUUUUGGAUGAAGGUGUCCAGUCACUGGUAGUGAACGAGCCUUGCGAGCUGUUGUUCACAGAAACCGAGAUAUUAGUUGUGUCGUAUAAGCAGCAUCCAUUUCUGCAGCUUUUUAAAUUAUCAAAGAGUGAUGAUGGCCACAAGCUGCUGCAUGUUAGUGCUGGAACUUCUGCUUUCGAUGAUUUUCGAAGUGCCGCUGCAAAAAUUCAAUUGGCCGAUGAGGACGAGAAAGUCUUGGAGAAGCUUGAGGAUGGUUGGAAGAAGAAGAAGGCUCGAAUUGGCACAUGGAACAAAAAGGUGCCUUGUACAGAUGAAUGA